AUGACGCCCAGCUGAAAGCUUUUAACGGAAAGAUCCAGUGUUCAACCAGGUCAGUCUACGGUAAAGCUAGGCUACUUUGUAACGCGUUAUUGUGCCUAAUUUACGCUACCCUCCCCUUAUGGUCAACUAGUCUCUACCGUGCCAGUGUCCUAGAGUCCAACGAUACGGGGCCGAUCUGCAUCCUUCAACUCAUGGACUGGUUAACGAUGGCUCAGCUGCCUGACUUGAGUGUUCACCUGAGGACCGAGCCCUUUCCCCACACACGUUUCCGUAUGGAGUUUACGGCCCAGACCGAGAAUAAGCCAAUAGAACAGAAGCAAUUAUUGGAAGAGAACUCAGAACCUCUUGGCAAGUCUGAGAUCUCCCCGGCGGCGGAGAUGAGUGGAGACUACAUAGGCGGUGUGACCGAUCAGACUGAAAUGGAGGACUUCAUCGGCUUUGAAGGUAUAUCCUCAGCUCUCGUAACUGUGGCCACUUCGCAAGCAUGGAGUCUCGGAGGCCUGAUACAGCGGUCUAUGCCAAAGUUGUUUUGGGUCCCAGGGCAGAAUGACAUAGUAGAGACUAUGGCUUCCCCACUGUUACCCUCUGAUAACGAUGACCAGGAAAGAGUCUUUAGGUCAACAGAGACCUUAAAAGAGGAAUGUCAAGACUACAAUAUGAAGGGACUGUGUGAGUCCAAGUACCUUGAUGUCUUUCCACUAUAUCAGCACUUCUGCCUGUAUUCGCUACGAGCUGACAUAAACCGGAUGAGUGGCAGCAGUCUGUCCGAGCUGGUGACUGCCGAAUGUUUAACUGGCCUGCGGUCCCCACCGGUCCACUAUGUCUGCAGUAAUGUGGUCACCAGGCAUCUAUCACUUACAGGAGAGGACCUAUGCAGGUCUUGGCAGGACCUGCCUGAAGUGAAGGAGAGGGGCCUGGUCAACACCUUCUCCCAUAGGGAGAUCUGUCUACAGGAGGCCAUGUUUGAGAUGAUCAGUUCCGAGGCUUCCUACCUGAAGAAACUAGGGGUAGCUGUGAAUCACUUUCUUGCGUCCGAGGCGCUGGAACAGACAAUCCCCCGCAUGGAGCAUCACAUCCUGUUCUCAAACCUGUGCAGUGUGAGGAAAGCCAGUGAAGCGUUUCUGCUGGACCUGGAGGUUUGCCUGGGGGAGAACGCGAUGAUCUCUCGGGUUGAAGACGUUGUGCUGUGUCACUGCCCUGCAUUCCGAUCGGUCUAUGUGCCGUACCUAACCAACAUGAUGUACCAGGAGGCCCUCGUCACCCUGCUAAUGCAGGAGAACCGAGAGUUCCUGUUUGCGCUGAAGAAACUGGAGAGUGAUCCAGUGUGUCAAAGACAGACUCUGAAGUCCUUCUUUGUCCUCCCUUUCCAGCGGAUCACUCGCCUUAAGAUCAUUCUGGAGAACAUCCUGAGGCUGACUGAGCGAGGCUGUGAAUCGAUCCCUUGUCUGAAAGACGCCAUUGAAGCCACGCACAAGAUAGUGAUGGAGUGUAAUGAUGGGGUUCAGCGGAUGAAGCAGAUGGAGGAACUGGUUUAUAUCCACAAGCUCAUUGAUUUUGGCAGUGUCAAGUCCAUUCCACUGGUUACAAGUGGCCGCUAUCUGAUCCACAAAGGUCUCCUGAAACAACUCAUUCCAGAGGGCUAUGUGCCAGGUUCCAGAAUUUCCUACCUGGACAUUUACCUGCACGUUUUCAAUGACCUGUUGCUCAUCUCACUGAAAAAGGAGCAGCGUUUCAGUGUGCUGGAUCAUGCUGUGUUCCCCACCCAUGUUCACAUUGAACAGCUGAAUACAGAAGCCCUUGGUCUCCCCCCAGAGUCCUUCGUGAUGCGCCUUUCCCAAAACCACACCGGGCAUGCCACUGCCUUCAUUCUUGCCCCACAUACCAUUAUCAGGUCAGACAAAGAGGUGUGGAUGAAAGCUCUGUCUUCACAAAGACCGUGGUAACACAAGACAUUUUAAGUGGUAUAAGUGAUUCUCUAUCAGCACAGGCUGGAUUUUUUCAAGAGCGGUCAUGUUUUGGUUGUCCGUCUGUAUUACUGCACCGAAAAGCCUAGUCAAAUUGCAGGUUGUGAUAGUGCAACUUGACGCAGCCCAGUUUAAAUUGAUGUUCAGUCUGUUCCAGGAUUGUAUGCACUCGCAUCCUAUUCACUUGUGUAUUCAUAUUUAAUGACUUAUUCGCACAAUUAUUUUUGUUUGGUUUUCCUGUGUUUGCACUGCAUUCAGUUUUGACUGACCACCACAGCACUUGUUCAUACAUGGGUAACCUGGCCUUAUCAAUUACCCAGCUCACAACUAGUUAAGGAAAUCAGUUAAGAAUUGGAAUGUACAUCUUAUGCAUGUCAUUGCGAGCAAAUAGGAAUGUAACUUAGCAACUUGAUAUGAUUUAGAGGUUUUACUUUUUGAUUUAUGAAAUGUACAACUUUAACACUGAGUGUUCAUAUUUGUAAAUGCUGCAAUUACUUUUGUCGGCUUACCAAAUGCUGCUUUGUUGAUGGAUGGCCUCUAGACUAUAGUUACUCGUGCUUUGUCUUGUGUCCAAACAGAAAACACCUCUGGUUGAAGGAACUGCUCAUGGCUUGCUGCUUGCCCCCAGGGGCACAAAUGUAUUUUUUUCAUUGUGUAUUUUUAAUUGUUGG